AGGACCCUGGGCCUUCACAUUAAAGGCAUCGAGGAAAAAAGUCGCUCCAAGCGAGAGAAUAUCUUUCAAGAUGACGAGUGUAUCGUCCAAAUCAACGACACUCCACUCGAGGACAAGACAUUCACACACUCGCAGGAAGUGUUCCGCCAGGCCAUGAACGCGUCCUCCGUACGUCUGGAGGUCGUCCCUGUACCCAACAAGCUGCGCUACGAGAAGAGCCUCAUCGGUCACCUCUUCACUGGCGAUGCCAAAGACCUCUCAGCAAAAGCAAAGAGUCCGAUGUUGGUCCGCGUCAAAACAGACCCACAACCGGAGCCAAAACCACAUUCCAAACUGAACAGCAACGUAGAAGUGAGGCGACCAGACACACGUGCCAAGACCCCAGAGCCACCUGCGGCAAACGCACCAGCAGAUGAGCUCCAGUCCAGUAAUGGCUCCUCUCCCACACCUUCAGCCAGGACAGCAAGCUCCUCCCCGGCAUCCAGGAGCCCCGUCCCUCCCGGCCUGGCGAACCUGACCAGCAAGAAGGGCGGCAAGCGGAUAAAGAUUGACCUGAAGAAAGGCACUGAGGGUCUGGGCUUCACCGUGGUAACCCGGGACUCCUCGGUCCACGGGCCAGGGCCAAUCCUGGUGAAGAACAUCCUGUCAAGAGGUGCGGCAGUUAAAGAUGGCCGCCUGCAGCCCGGAGACCGCAUCCUGGAGGUGAAUGGAGUCGACAUGACAGGCCGUAGCCAGGAGGAACUCGUCGCCAUGCUGCGCAGCACCAAGCAGGGAGAGAACGUGUGUGUGGUGGUGGCACGGCAGGAGGACAUCUUCCUGCCACGGGAACUGAAAGGUGAGGAAGCCAGCAGCGUGGUGUUGGAGGACGGCAGGGAGCAGCUGAUGUACGAGAUCCCCCUCAACGAGUCGGGUUCGGCCGGGUUGGGCGUCAGCCUGAAGGGCAACAGGUCCAGAGAGACUGGAGAAGACCUGGGCAUCUUCAUCAAGUCCAUCAUCCACGGAGGGGCUGCGUAUAAGGUAGAACAGAUGUUUGUGCUGG